UAAUAGAUACAUAUUAUGAUCAUUUUAGAAUCACAAUCACUUCUGGUACAGAAUACAAAACUUGCAACAAAUAAGGAAGAUAUAACAGCUUCGAUGAACUCAAAUAACAAAUCCGAACAAACUGCAAUUAAGGCUGGAGAGAAGCUGACCAAAGACACCGCGGAAGUUAGCAAACUAAAGAAUUUCUUACACCAAAUCGUAGAUGUUUCGCUGUUCAGAACAUUUUUUUUAUCCAAUUCAUGUAUUGGAGUAGCUAUUUGUCUCUUCUCUGAAAUGACUUUUGUUAUUAUGGUUCCUCAAGCAUUAUAUUCUAUGGGAUGGGAUGAGAAAGAAGUGGCCUGGGCGUUGUCAUUGAAUGCUUUGGGAGAUUUGGUGAUGAGAACUUUGUUAAUAUUCAUAAGCAGUUUACUGGUGAAACUUGGAAGCCAUCAGAUUUAUAUUGUUGGACUGGUCGUCGCAGUUGGGGCUAGACUUGGGAUGCUGUGGUCUGACAACAGAACAUCAAUAACAGCCUUCAUAGCAAUAAUGGGAUUUUCGCGUUGUACUAUCAUGGUGCUUUUGCCCGUCGUAGUUGGGGAUUCAGUUCCCCUUGAAAAAUUCUCGUCAGCCGUAGGACUGUUAUUUAUGUUUCUUGGCGUCUUCAAUCUGAUCAUGGGUCCAGUUGUUGGUGCAGUGCGAGACUUUACCGAUAGUUACGCAACGGCGUUUUACAUUUUAUCUUCGUUCAUUGCUAUCGUGACAAUUCUCUGGACAAUUGAAUUAUUCUACAAGAAGUCUAAGCACAAGAGACUGCCGAAGAAGGACAGUGUAUCGUCAAAACCUUGACAAAAC